AUGGGUAAGAGAAAGCGGAAGAUGCAAGGUCAUGAUGAUCCCAGCAAAAGACAAAAGGUCGAAGACAGUGCAGCGACCCACCCCACAGCGCCGUUGCUACGCAAUUACUAUCCCAGCGUGUCAACUCUGCGAUCAUACCUUGCAAGUCAGCUUAUAACACCUAAGAAACGUCGCAAGCGGCUUCUGCAGUAUGGACGAGGCGAUGGUGCUGGCUCCGCUUGUGACGCUGCUCUCGUGCGACUCCUGGACUGUACGCUUGUAGGCUCAUUCAAUCGUAGCUCAGCGGACGGCGACCUUGCGGCUUAUGACCAAGAUGUCACCGUCUUCACGCAGCAAGUAUCCGAGGCUACGAAAUCUAUAGGUCCAACGCAAGGAGCGUUUAAGCAAUCAGAGACCGUAGACUUUGUCAUUUGGGCGCUCUUCUUUCGACGACCACGUGGCAGUCGCCGACCUUCGCACGUACUCUGCCACGGGUACCAGCGAACCACCACGGCUGUAAAUGCUGUCCAGCUCAAUCUUGUCCCAGGUGUGCCUGGCGUGCUGUCCAAUUGCGAAAACCAGCAUGUUCGUACCUUGAAGCAGCAUCCAUGGACGGCCUUGCCUUCGUUGAUUGGAAGUACCGCAGAUCGAACUAUCAGUGCUCUGCUGAUCGAGUGCGGCGUGUUUGUGCCCGCUGGAGAUACCAGCAACCUCGUACAGCUAAGCGGAGUCCCUAUGAGUGAGCUCCAAGAUCGCCGACCAAGCAUUGGCGAAGCUGCCAAAGAUAGCAAAGCCAAAAGAGUCGAGGAUCGGCAGGAAAACUCCGCAAGAUAUCGCGGACUUUCUGGGAUCCGCUUUGUCCGCCACCGCAUGUUGUAUGCGAAGCCGUCACACACAUCGACAGGUCAACCACGCCCUGGGUUGCCGUUUAUGCACGUACUGAGCCGCUUGCGCAACACGCCCGAUGCCUGCGAGACGGUCCGAAUCAUGAAUAAGGACCACGAACGCCGCCGGAAGGGUAACCUUGCAGGAUCGGUCACCGUAGAGUUCUCUCGGCUGCCUGGUCAGUCGUUUUACCGCAAGAUGUUGACCGCGCUGAAGCUGCAGAUGCAUGCCAUGUUGCUGUCCACUUCGUACAACGCGACUCGCACUGUGCUAAGGAACCUUCAUCAUGCCUUCUUCGAAGUGGCACUGAAGUGUCACCACUAUUUGCAGUCAUUACGUUCGCGGAGGGAACCCAAUGAUGCACUUCUAAUCAGCAAGUCUACCCAAGGUCAUGCAAUGUAUGGCACACUCGCUAACCCUUAA